ACCGCGGGUGUCACCCGUCUCCUCAGGAGGACAGUCAGACAGCCCGUCAGUCAGACAGCAGUCAGUCAGGCGGUCGUCAGUCGGCCAGUCAGCAGAGGGCAAGGAGAAGAAGCGCCAUGAGCCCUGGCGGGAGCUCCAGAGCGGCGACGACGGCGGCAUUCCUACGGAAGAAAGGGGAGGACUCCCGAGCUUCUGGCGAGGAGAGACCUGGGUGGAAGUUUGGGGUGAAAAUGAGACCAGAAAGAGAUACCCUAGACGAAUAUUUUGAAUAUGAUGCAGAGGAGUUCUUGGUCUCCCUGGCCUUACUGAUUACAGAAGGGCGAACACCAGAAUAUUCCAUAAAAGGUCGAACCGAAGGCUAUCAUUGUCCUCCAUCGCAGUCCAGUCAACCACUAACGGCAAAGCAUGAAUGCAGCGACAAAUUUGCCCAGUGUCGUCAAGCCCGGCGAACCAGGUCUGAGGUUAUGUUGCUCUGGAAGAACAAUCUCCCUAUCAUGGUCGAGGUGAUCCUGCUGCCUGACUGUUGCUAUAGCGAUGAUGGGCCCACCACGGAAGGGAGCGAUUUAAACGACCCUGCCAUUAAACAAGACGCGUUGUUAUUAGAAAGGUGGAUCCUGGAGCCAAUUCCUCGACAAAGCGGAGAUCGGUUUAUCGAAGAGAAGACUCUGCUAUUGGCAGUUCGCUCAUUUGUGUUUUUUUCCCAGUUAAGUGCUUGGCUGAGUGUCUCCCACGGUGCUAUUCCCCGCAAUAUUCUGUAUAGGGUCAGUGCUGCCGACGUGGACCUGCAGUGGCAUUUUUCCCAGACUCCAACCGAGCAUGUGUUUCCCGUUCCCAACGUCUCUCACAACGUGGCCUUGAAAGUCAGCGUCCAGUCCCUGCCCCGACAAUCUAACUACCCAGUUUUGAACUGUAGUAUUCACACCAACCUGGGCUUUUACGAAAAGGGGAUUCAAGAGCGCGACUAUCAGACUCUUCAACACUGUGAUUCCAAUGAAGUAGAGCAGUGCAGCUCCCCCAGCCCCCAGCGUCUGUGGAGCAAGCAGAGUUGGACCGUAGUACCCGAAGGCCUGUUGCACGCCAGGAAACCCCUAACCCCGGAAUUUACCACAACUAUCAAGAAUUUCAAACUUUAUCCAGCUUCUGGCCACGGAUCUGACUUUGGGUCCUCACCGCCCAGGCUUCACUGCUUCAGCGCCAGCGGAGACGCGAAGCCACCCGACGCGUCCGUGCGAACGUUGAAAUCGUUUUCGCUGGUGGAUCCCCGUGGUCCCAGUAGCCACGCUUCCCGGCCGCCCAGGGGAGAGGCUAACCCCUUAAUAGGCUCUCUCCUCCAGGAGCGCCAGGAUGUUAUUGCUAGGAUUGCACAGCACCUGAUUCAUUGCGACCCAACUCAUGUUCCGGGCAGUUCGUUCGGAGGGCAGGACUCCGGCGCGGUCCACGCGAAAAUCUUCCGGAGUUCAUACGAAAACGAGAACUUACUGAAGAGGAGCAAGGAGAACCCUCCGGUUCCUUCGGUCGGCCCAGAGUUCGCUUCCUCCGAAGACACCAGUGCGGCAAAGGCCAGACCACGACCCUCCGGGCCACCGAUCAACACCUCCGUCUCCAGUGGCCGGCCUCCUCAUCAGUCAGCCGCCGAGACUAACCCUCUCAUCGGCUCUUUGCUUCAGGAGCGGCAAGAAGUAAUUGCCCGGAUCGCGCAGCACCUGAUUCAUUGUGACCCAUCUGCAUCGCACAUCACCGGGCGGCCCUUCAACGGGCACGACUCUGGUCCUCUUCGCUCGAAAGUUUUUCGGGGUUCGUACGAAGGCGAAAACCUGGGGAAGAAGAGCCAGGACGCCAACUCGGAGUUUACCGAAAACAACAGCGAAACGAAAAACAGGACGGUUCCUGAGGACCCUCUCGGUUCUUUAAAGUGUAACGGCGGAUUGAAGUCCUCUCCAAAACCACAGGCGAGGAGAAAUCUUCAUUUAGCAAAAGCCAGCGAAGUUGUCCAAAGCACAUUUCAGCAGACUCCGAGUAAAGCUUCCCCACUACUGACUUGCUCUAAUACAUCUCGUAGCGGAGAAAACAAAUCGGAGUCGCCGGACAGAUUGGAAGCAACCCUUCCUGGUUGCGCACUUGUAGGCCAGGACGUCAGUAAUGGACUUGCUAAGCAGCAUUCGAUUUGCAACAGCUUUGAUGAGCAGAUUUGCACACGUAAACUUAGGGAGAGAACAGUCGAAACCGAGAAUAGGAAUCUGGAGUCUCUGACUAAUCUCCAUCUAGAGAGCUCAAAUAAACUUGAAGGUUCAAAGAAAGCUGCUGGCACGCAGAUAUCUGACCCUUUGCCGAAACGGGAGCUUAAGUGCUUAAAUAAAGACUCCAAGAAACCAAAACCAUUGGAGCAGAACGGCCAACUUGUUAGGAUAGAAAAUUACGCAAAUAAAGACAGUGACAGCUCGAAAUGCAAAAAUAAGCCAGACAAGUUAGAAACCGAGCAUGAUGAGAACAAAGCCCCGACCGAUCGAGAAUGUCAAAACUGUGGUCAGAGAAAGCCUUUAGAGGAUCGUCUGGCAAAGUGCGAGCGCCUAAAAAACACGGACAUCCUGAGAACAAUACCGUUGAAGCAUUCAAGUGUGUGGCGGAAACACAAUUUUCGUUCCUUGGAUGGGACCUCAACCAAGGCCUUCCAUCCUCGAACUGGAUUGCCUCUACUCUCAAGUCCUGUUCCUCAGAGAAAAAUGCCAUCCGGUUGCUUUGAUCUGGAUUCAUCAUUGUUACAGUUGAAAAACUUAUCUUCCAGAAGUCCACAGCCGUGUGCGAAUAUAGAAGGUGACUCAGACAGCCACGGAAAACCAUGCCUGAGCUCUAGUGCUCCACCUGUAACAAGUCUUAGUCUUCUAGGAAAUUUUGAGGAGUCUGUCUUGAACUAUCGUUUAGAUCCUUUAGGCAUUGUCGAUGGUUUUACAGCCGAGGUGGGGGCGAGUGGAGUUUUCUGCCCCACUCAUAUGACACUUCCCGUCGAAGUGUCCUUCUACAGCGUUUCCGACGAUAAUGCCCCCUCUCCCUAUAUGGGUGUGAUCACUUUAGAGUCCCUUGGUAAAAGGGGUUAUCGAGUACCUCCUUCAGGAACGAUACAAGUGACCUUAUUUAAUCCUAACAAGACCGUGGUGAAGAUGUUUGUUGUGAUGUAUGACUUACGAGAAAUGCCAGCCAAUCAUCAAACAUUCCUACGACAGAGAACGUUCUCUAUACCCGUCAGACGAGAAGUGAGGAGAAACGGUAAUAAAGAGAGCCUUCGCCAGACGGAAGAAAGGCUAUUACGCUACCUCAUCCAUCUGAGGUUCCAGAGCUCUAAAUCUGGAAAGAUCUACCUCCACAGAGAUGUGCGGCUCCUGUUUUCCCGGAAGUCCAUGGAAGUCGACAGCGGGGCCGCGUACGAACUCAAAUCUUACACUGAAGCGCCGACAAACCCUCAGUUUUCGCCCAGGUGUUGAAAAGCGGCACGGAGCCGAGGCACCCGUUGGACGCCCCCGUCUCCGGUCGGAGGGGGAGGACUCGGGGCCCGGAGGGAGCGUCCCCCAAAUAGCGACCGCCGGUGGGAUCGUAGCCGCCCUCCCGGCGCCGGACCAGCUUCCAGGAGCCGUGUCUGGAACGGGCUCCGUGGAAUCCGAGGAGACUGGAAACGAACACUUACGCCCUGACGCUUUUUUUGUACUGUGGAAAUCACUUGGUUGGAUGUGUUGCAAUAGGAAAAGCCCCCCGUUAGUUUAGUGUUUACACAUUUUGUUUCUCAGUUAUUUAAUAUUUAAGGUCUCAUUUACUACUCAAGCGACGUCGGUCUCUAGCGUUCUAAUGUAGCACAGAUCCUAUGUAAAAAUCAUACCGUGUAUUUUUGACCUUAGUAUUGAAAUCGGAACUAUACGCAGAAGGCUCUGAUUCUGUGUGAGGUGUUUUUAAGUGAUGUUCAUUUAAGUUAUUGAAAACCGGAUUGACUUUUCGAACUCCCGUGAGCGUCACCAUACUAUGCAAGCACGUGUGUGGUUUCAUUUCCGUCGCCCUCCGCGUUCUGGAUUUUCACGCUCCUGUGCCCACACACCAGUCCUGGGACGGGAACGGCGGGGCAACGCACGACCCGCGGCUUUUAUCCUUUCUUUCUCCCCCCAACCCCAAAACCCCCGAAUUCGGUUUUCCCGGGAAGUUUGUUCUAACGGUUCGUCGUCUGCUCUCCGUCCUUCUCUCUCCCAAGAGCGAAUCACCACUACGCCCAUUUUACAGAGGUUGUCCGUCCCCGCCGUGUCCCUCCAUUUUCUCAGAUUGUAAAAAAAAAAAACCAACAAAAAAACGGUGUACUUUGGAAACAGAUUAGUAUUUAUAUCAUAAAUAUAAUCAAAAGGAAAA